AAAGAGAAAGGACGCAAACGCACCACGUAAAACAAAACAGAUGCCACCACAAAUCAGCGACAGAGGACGCCAGCAGAAUUAGCCACCACUGCUCCCAGGCGGAGUGGAGUCUACAUUUUAUUUGAGGACUGACCAGAGAGCCACAAACACGACAUACCUAGACGGCCCUAGUUGAUUCACCCCGAGGUAAAUGUAGGCAUCCCGUCGAAAGUUUCAAGAAGAAAACAUCGUUUCUCAGACACGCGGUACACCAGACGGCACACAUCAUGGCCCAGGAGACCAAUCAGAGCCUAGUUCCUACACCCUGUGCUAAUGGCUGUGGUUUCUAUGGCAACCCUAGGACUAAUGGCAUGUGCUCUGUCUGCCAUAAGGAGCACCUGUCAAGGCAGAACAAUGGAUCAGUCAGUACUUUGACUGCCCUUGGUGGCAGCGGUGGUGCCGCAGCUGAGGCCUCUGCCAUGCAGAGGUUAGAAGCCACCUUGAAUAAUGCCGCAGCAGCUGCCGUCGCUGCUGCAGAGUCUGCAGCGGAGGCCGCUGCCUCUGCUCAAGCUGCUGCCAGCGAGGCUUUCAGUGGCGUUUCUACUGCGAUGUCUGUAACACAGCAGAUGACGGAGAUGAGUCUCUCCCGGGAGGAGAAAGGAGCAACAGGGAGCAGAGUAGACCUCUCAGACCCAGUUUUGACUCAGCCCACAUGCUCGGCCGCUUAUCCCUCCACUGCUUGUAGUGACCAGCCCAAAGAGCCCGAACCCCAAAAACCCAAGAAGAAUCGCUGCUUUAUGUGCCGCAAGAAGCUCGGCCUCACAGGUUUUGACUGCCGCUGUGGGAAUCUGUUCUGUGGACUUCACCGUUACUCUGAUAAGCAUAACUGUCCGUACGACUACAAAGCCGAAGCUGCUGACAAGAUUCGCAAAGAGAACCCUGUGGUCGUUGCUGAGAAGAUCCAGAGAAUAUGAACUGGACUCUCAGUUUGACUUUGAACACUGGGAUCUAUAGGCUUUAAAAAGAAUGGACUUGAGCCCGACCUUCUUCCUGAAGGACCUGUACCCCCUCCUCUCCCCCGCUCCUUUUUGUUUGUUUCAAAUUCAAGACUUUCCUCCCAGGGCAUGAAAGUUAGCAUAUUUUCAGCUUUCAUUGUUGUUUAUGUGCGCAUUUAACACUUUUUUGAAGGGUUGUGGGUGUGAGGAGGGGCGAGCGGCGGUGUGUCAUUGGGAGUGACUGCGGGAGGCUGCUGACAAACCAGUGGAGCCCUUUUUAGAAGAUGUUGAUGGCGGUGCCCAUUGUUUGCUGAUGGCACCGUCUCAGCCCCCCCCCCCACUCCCUCCUAACACACAGCUCGGACAAAUUGCUGAGGAGACUUUAAAAAAGACUUUGUUGCGAGCCUUUGCCUGCUGGCCGGCCUGCAUUCCUUCCCUCCGGCUGUGUCUGCGCCACUAGAAACACAGUUGAACAUUUUACUCUGUUUUUAGUUGCGCCCCCCCCCCCCCCCCCCACUGUUUGUGGGCUAAACGCUGCAAUCCUCCCUGUUCAAAACCAUCCACUGAAGUCACUUGAUGCUAGUCACCUGACUAAAAUGUUAGUUUCCCUUUUUGCGUUUGUUUUCCCAGCGAAGUGGUGUGUGUAUGCCGUGUGUUGGGGUAUGACAAGUAGUGUGAACUUGUAUUAAUUUUUGCCUUCGGAAGGGUUUAGCUCCACUAAUAUUUCAUCUUUUACUUCACCUUUGAAUGUUUUUCCUCUUUUUAAUGUGAGCUGACAAAUUCAAAAAGUGUGUGUGUGUGUGUGUGUGUGUGCGCGUGUUGAAUGGUUGUAUGCUGCAGUGACUUAGACCUGUGCUUGUAGGUUAUUAAUCAAUUUUCCGUUUUUUGAUUGUUUUAGGUCUGGCUGCUUGUGUGUUUUGUUUUUUAUUCUUUUUAGUUAUGCAAGUUUGUACAAACAUCUUUAUUUAUAUACUGCAGUGUGCGUAAUCUUCCAGUAAUAAAGAACUAGUUGUAUGAUGUAAAUAAAUUAUGUUCACAAAUAUAAAACAAGAGUUCAUGGCUCUUCAUGUCUGUCAUGCCA